CUGCCCCAUCACUCCUCCUCGAACGUAUAAAAAGAAAGGGCUCAGUUCAUUUAGCCUCUGCCUCUGGAGGCGCAGGACAUCCCAUCACCUCUCCACCCCGAUCAGAGCUGAGAAACCCGCAGCAUCAUGUGGGCCAAGAAUAUUACUGGAAACUUUGCUCACGUGAUCCAUGGGUUGAAUGCAAGCCACCUGACUGACAGAGUCAUUCAACGGAGCAAACGGAUGAUUCUGGAUACUCUCGGAGUCGGGCUGGUGGGCACCAGAACCGACGUCUUCCAAAAGCUAACCCAGUACAGCAAGAUCUACAGCUCAGAUUCAUCCAGUUCUGCCUGGGGAUGCCCGGCUCUCAAGCUUCCUCCGCUCUACGCAGCCUUGGUGAACGGUGUGGCGAUCCACUCCAUGGACUUUGAUGACACGUGGCACCCAACCACCCAUCCUUCGGGGGCAGUGCUGCCAGCCCUCCUGGCUGUCGCCGAAGCUGUGACUGAAAAGCAAACGAUUUCUGGCUGCGACCUGCUUUUGGCUUUCAACGUUGGGAUUGAGGUGCAAGGCAGGCUGAUGAGCUUUUCCAAGGAGGCCAGCGAUCUUCCUAAAAGGUCUAUUUAAAAAAAAAAAUCUUGUUCUGAAAUAGGAGAGAAGUCAUUAAGUUGUCAGGCCAAUGGGUUCAGUGGGAAAGCUGGGAAGGGGAGUACUGUGGGCCCUCCCUUGUGGGGGGAGACCCUUCCCCACUCACAAAAUGCAGCUUCAGUGGUGCAGCCUGACAAAAAGAAAAGUGGGGAGGGGGGAAGGAAAGCCAGGUGGUCAAGAACCUGAACGGGUCGGACUCAUGAAAUAAAGUCUAAUCAGGCUUGUGUGGCUAUGUUUGAUCCAGUAAUGAAAUCUCGGUCCAAACAGUGUUUCAUUUGGCAAGAUUCCUACCCGCUUCCAUACCGAGUAACAGAACAGCUCUGACUGAGAAGGAAAAAUUCUCUGUGGAGUCCUUGGGGCUCCCUGAGCUUGGUUG